CACAGCGACCGCCCGACGGCCUGCGAUGGUCUAAGCGCCCCUCGGCCUCCGCCUCCCCCGAGACGCGGCCGGGCCCUCCGGUCGCCUUCUGGACUCACAGCCCCGCCUCGUCUCCUUCGCCUCCCGGGCGCCCCUGACGGCUUCGACGCUCCUCGGCGGAGGCCAGCCCGGGGAGGUUCGGCGCCCGCCAGGAUGAGCGGCUCCUUCGAUCGCAAGCUCAGCAGCAUCCUCACAGACAUCUCCAGCUCGCUGAGCUGCCAUGCGGGCUCCAAGGACUCGCCCACCCUGCCCGAGUCGUCUGUCACUGACCUGGGCUACUACAGCGCUCCGCAGCACGACUACUACUCGGGCCAGCCCUAUGGCCAGACCAUGAACCCCUACACUUACCACCACCAGUUCAAUCUCAACGGGCUUGCGGGCACUGGCGCUUACUCGCCCAAGUCGGAAUAUACCUAUGGAGCCUCCUACCGGCAAUACGGAGCGUACCGGGAGCAGCCGCUGCCCGCCCAGGACCCAGUGUCGGUGAAGGAGGAGCCGGAAGCCGAGGUGCGCAUGGUGAACGGGAAGCCCAAGAAGGUCCGAAAGCCGCGCACGAUCUACUCCAGCUACCAGCUGGCCGCCCUGCAGCGCCGCUUCCAGAAGGCCCAGUACCUGGCGCUGCCCGAGCGCGCCGAGCUGGCUGCGCAGCUGGGCCUCACGCAGACACAGGUGAAAAUCUGGUUCCAGAACCGCCGCUCCAAGUUCAAGAAGCUCUACAAGAACGGGGAGGUGCCUCUGGAGCACAGUCCCAACAACAGUGAUUCCAUGGCCUGCAACUCACCACCGUCACCCGCCCUCUGGGACACCUCCUCUCAUUCCACUCCGGCCCCUGCCCGCAGUCAGCUGCCCCCGCCGCUCCCAUACAGUGCCUCCCCCAGCUACCUGGACGACCCCACCAACUCCUGGUACCACGCACAGAACCUGAGUGGACCCCACUUACAGCAGCAGCCACCUCAGCCGGCCACCCUGCACCAUGCCUCCCCUGGGCCCCCGCCCAACCCUGGGGCUGUGUACUGA